AUGGCAUCAACACUCCUCCGCUCCUUCAAGCCUUCGGGUUUGAAGAACAAUCUCAGGCCACUGUACCAGGCCCGAUACAAUGCCACAGUAGCACCCGGCACACCCCGUGUAUCAACGCCACCAACAUCAAAGCGCUCCACCAAGCCAUCAUACGAGCGAGCGACAUUUACUAUCCGGGAUGGCCCAGUCCAUCACGGCAAGAGCUUCGGUGCCCGCACGAACAUCAGUGGAGAAGCUGUGUUCACAACUUCCCUCGUCGGAUACCCAGAAUCCAUGACCGAUCCAUCAUAUCGAGGUCAAAUCCUGGUCUUCACACAACCACUUAUCGGCAACUACGGCGUGCCAAGUGCUGAGAGGGACGAAUACGGACUGCUCAAGUACUUUGAGUCCCCGAACAUCCAGGCCGCGGGUAUUGUCGUGGCAGAUGUUGCACUGAAGUACUCCCACUGGACCGCAGUAGAAUCUCUGGCCGAGUGGUGCGCUCGGGAAGGCGUUCCAGCAAUCACUGGAGUCGAUACCCGCGCCAUUGUCACAUACUUGCGAGAGCAAGGUUCUUCCCUCGGAAAGAUUUCCGUAGGCGAAGAGUAUGAUGCAGAUGAGGAUGAGGCAUACGAAGACCCAGGCAGCAUCAACUUGGUGGCAAAGGUCUCGACCAAGGCCCCAUUCCACGUUCCAUCACCAAACGGCAACGCUCACGUGGCGCUCAUCGACUGUGGUGUCAAGGAGAACAUCAUCCGUUCCCUCGUGGGCCGCGGCGCAAGCGUGACUUGUUUGCCAUGGGACUACCCAAUCCAUAAGUCUGCCAACCACUUCGAUGGUGUCUUCAUCUCGAACGGUCCAGGAGACCCAACCCACUGCAAGGCCACCAGCGACAACCUCCGAGAGCUCAUCAACUCCAGCCAGAUCCCCAUCAUGGGUAUCUGCCUUGGCCACCAACUGCUCGCCAUGGCUGCAGGUGCCAGCACUACGAAGAUGAAGUACGGUAACCGUGCACACAACAUCCCAGCUCUGGACCUCAACACUGGAAAGUGCCACAUCACCAGUCAGAACCACGGAUAUGCCGUUGAUCCAACUACACUCCCAUCAGAUUACACGGAGUACUUCACGAACCUGAAUGACGGCACCAACGAAGGCAUGAUCCACAAGACCCGCCCAAUAUUCAGCACACAAUUCCAUCCGGAAGCCAAGGGUGGCCCAUUGGACAGCAGCUACCUUUUCGACGCGUAUCUGCAGAGUGUGCAACAGUACAAGCAGAACCAGGACGUGCUCAAGGGUGGACGGGACAACCGACCUAGCCCGCUGCUUGUCGACCUGCUCGCGAAAGAGCGUGUCGGCGUUGCACCAGGCGUUGCGGGUGUUCCAGGAUACUAUUAG